GAGGAACGUCGGAUUUGGUGUCUGUCCCCCAUUUCCAAUUAUAGAUGGAUCAUUACAGACAGAGAAGUACUGAGAAUCCAGACAUCUGCUCUUCACAUGAAUGCACUCACCUCCUAGAGAACAGCCUGCCAUCAUGCUCUGGAAACUGGUUGAAAAUGUCAAGUAUGAAGAUAUCUAUGAGAUGUUAGUCCACACCUAUUCCGCCAUGGACCGGCAUGAUGGAGUGCCCAGCCACAGUUCCAGGUUGUCCCAGCUGGGAUCCGUCUCCCAGGGACCCUACUCCAGCGCUCCUCCGCUCUCUCACACCCCAUCCUCGGAUUUCCAGCCGCCUUACUUCCCACCCCCCUACCAGCCUCUUCCUUACCACCAAAGCCAGGACCCUUACUCCCAUGUCAAUGACCCCUACUCCCUAAACCCCCUGCAUCAACCCCAGCAGCAUCCCUGGGGCCAGAGGCAGAGGCAAGAGGUGGGAUCGGAGACGGGGUCACUGCUGCCGCAGCCUCGGGCCGCCCUGCCCCAGCUCUCGGGCCUGGAUCCCAGGCGGGACUACCACUCCGUGAGGAGGCCAGAUGUCCUGCUGCACUCAGCUCACCAUGGCCUUGACUCCGGGAUGGGGGACAGCCUUGCCCUGCACGGCAUCGGGCACCCAGGGAUGGAGGAGGUUCAGUCAGUUGAAGAUGCCAAUAACAGCGGUAUGAACUUAUUGGACCAGUCUGUCAUUAAAAAAGUUCCUGUUCCUCCAAAAUCUGUUACUUCUUUGAUGAUGAACAAAGAUGGCUUCCUGGGUGGAAUUUCAGUCAAUACUGGAGAGGUGUUUUGCUCUGUACCUGGCCGUUUGUCCUUGCUUAGUUCAACUUCAAAGUAUAAAGUAACUGUAGGAGAAGUUCAAAGACGCCUUUCUCCUCCAGAGUGUCUGAAUGCAUCCCUUCUAGGAGGAGUACUUAGAAGAGCCAAAUCGAAAAACGGGGGGAGAUCUUUGCGAGAAAGGCUAGAAAAAAUCGGCUUGAAUUUACCAGCCGGCAGGCGUAAGGCCGCAAAUGUCACUUUACUCACCUCUCUGGUGGAAGGUGAGGCCGUUCAUUUAGCCCGGGAUUUUGGGUACAUCUGCGAAACGGAGUUCCCAGCCAAAGCUGUUUCUGAGUAUUUGAACAGACAGCACACGGACCCCAGCGACCUCCACUCCAGGAAAAACAUGCUACUUGCUACAAAGCAACUUUGUAAAGAAUUUACAGAUCUCUUGGCCCAGGACAGGACGCCCAUUGGAAACAGCCGGCCCACCCCUAUAUUGGAACCGGGCAUUCAGAGCUGCUUGACUCACUUCAGCCUCAUCACUCAUGGCUUUGGGGCCCCCGCUAUCUGUGCUGCCCUCACAGCCCUUCAAAACUACCUGACUGAAGCUCUCAAAGGCAUGGACAAGAUGUUCUUGAACAACAACACUGCUAACAGGCACACAUCUGGCGAAGGACCAGGUAGUAAAACUGGAGACAAGGAAGAGAAACACAGAAAAUGAGAGAAAGGGAGAGGAAAAAAUAAAAAGAAAGAAAGAAAGGAAAAGAAAAAAGUCAAAUAAAAAAAAGGAGAAAAGAGAGAGAUAAUCUUUUAAAAUAAAAACGUCUUAAUUUUAGCUUUAAAAAUACUGGAUUGGGCUUUGGAAGAAUUCUAUUAGGUAGGACAAAAUAAUAAUAAUAAUAAUUAAUAAUAAUUAAAGAAAGACAAUAAUUUAAGAUCAGAGGAGCACAAAGGCGCAAGACCAGUGGUUCAGAGUCUCUUGCCAGGAACAUGUGAAGACAACCACCAGGAUUUUUUCCCCACUUCUGUUCUUUUACAGUUUUUAAAUAAUGAUCUGGGGGGAGGGAAGUAUAAUAAUAAUUAAUAAUAAUAAUAAAAGAAAGAAAUGAAUAACUUAUUGGAAGAAAUUGGAGAAACAUUUUUGGUGUCAGUGCUUUGAUUUCUUGAGCUGCACAGUCUGUCUUGCUAUUACUCUUAUAUUAUUCUUUCAUCUUUUUUGUUGUUGUUGUUUUUCUGAACAACAUCCUGUCUCCACCCUACGUAACAUGUUCUUCCAGAUCAUUCCUUUCUGAGAAAACCCAUAAUUUCAUUCCCCUCAACUCUUCCCAUCUCAUCUCACCGCCCUGGUUCUGUCUAGACUAGGAAAGGAGGGGAGGUGAGUUCACAGACCUCUCACGAAGCCAUCCACCCCAGCCAGUUUGAGCUGCAUAGAUGGCAGCAUCUUAAUGUUAGAUGUCAUUAGAUUGGACAUUUCAAGUCAUUGUAGCUUACUGGAAUUAUCUAACUCUAUUUUUCAAGAACUUUUUUCUUUUUCCUGGUCUAGACAGACUCUCUGUUUAGAUUGCCAGUGUUUACAGGUGUGUAUGGGUGCGUGUGUACCUACCUAUGUGUGUGCAUGUGCAUAUGUAUAUGCACACACAUAACUUGUUAGGGAUGCGUGUGUAUCCUGUGUAUGUUUGUAUAUAUAUGUAUAUAUAUCGAUAUAUACAUAUAUAUCAUAUGUGUGUAUAGCCACACAUAUUCAUGCAUGCAAACAUACCUUUGUAAUUUAGUACUUGCCUAUGAUGGUCAAAUGCUUUGUCUAUAAUGGGUUGCAGAAUUUGAAAUUAAGGUCAGCUCUAUCUGAUUUCUUAAUUUUCUGAGAUCUCCUCUUUUUCUCUAGGGAGUUUUAUAUUCCUAACUAUGCCAAUGUUUCAGUCCUUAUUUUCCUUCAGUACUGUGUGUGAGAGAUAUCUUCCACCUGUUUUUAAAAAACUGUUAACAACAACAAAAAAAUGAGUGAUAUGAGUAUGUAAUUCUUUCUCAGGUGUAUGCACUAUUUUAUUUUCUUCU